UGCAUCGGGCAGGGUGGCUCCAGGAUGUUAGGGACUGUGAAGAUGGAAGGGCAUGAGAGCAGCGACUGGAACAGCUACUACGCGGACACACAGGAGGCCUACUCCUCGGUGCCCGUCAGCAACAUGAACUCGGGCCUGGGCUCUAUGAACUCCAUGAACAGCUACAUGACCAUGAACACCAUGACCACGAGCGGCAACAUGACCCCAGCUUCGUUCAACAUGUCCUACGCAAACCCGGGCCUGGGCGCCGGCCUGAGUCCGGGCGCCGUGGCUGGCAUGCCGGGCGGCUCCGCGGGCGCCAUGAACAGCAUGACGGCGGCGGGCGUGACGGCCAUGGGGACGACGCUGAGCCCGGGCGGCAUGGGCGCCAUGGGCGCGCAGCCCGCGGCCUCCAUGAACGGCCUGGGCCCCUACGCGGCUGCCAUGAACCCGUGCAUGAGCCCCAUGGCGUACGCGCCGUCCAACCUGGGCCGCAGCCGGGCGGGGGCCGGCGGCGACGCCAAGACUUUCAAGCGCAGCUACCCGCACGCUAAGCCGCCCUACUCGUACAUCUCCCUCAUCACCAUGGCCAUCCAGCAGGCGCCCAGCAAGAUGCUCACGCUCAGCGAGAUCUACCAGUGGAUCAUGGACCUCUUCCCUUAUUACCGGCAGAAUCAGCAACGGUGGCAGAACUCCAUCCGGCACUCGCUCUCCUUCAACGACUGCUUCGUCAAGGUGGCGCGCUCCCCGGACAAGCCGGGCAAGGGCUCCUACUGGACGCUGCACCCGGACUCCGGCAACAUGUUUGAGAACGGUUGUUACUUGCGCCGCCAGAAGCGCUUCAAGUGUGAGAAGCAGCCGGGGGCCGGGGGCGGAAGCGGGAGCGGGGGCGGCGGCGGCGGCGGCGGCGCCAAGGGCGGUCCUGAGAGCCGCAAGGACCCCUCAAGCGCCGCCAACCCCACUGCCAACUCGCCCCUUCAUCGGGGCGUGCACGGUAAGGCAGGCCAGCUAGAGGGCGCGCCGGCCCCCGGGCCGGCUGCCAGCCCCCAGACUCUGGACCACAGCGGGGCGACGGCGACAGGGGGCGCCUCGGAGUUGAAGACGCCAUCCUCCUCGGCUGCGCCCCCGAUCAGCUCCGGGCCCGGGGCCCUGGUCUCUGUGCCCCCCUCCCACCCGGCGCAUGGCCUGGCCCCGCACGAGUCCCAGCUGCACCUGAAAGGGGACCCCCAUUACUCUUUCAACCAUCCCUUCUCCAUCAACAACCUCAUGUCCUCCUCGGAGCAGCAGCACAAGCUGGACUUCAAGGCGUACGAGCAGGCGCUACAGUACUCGCCCUAUGGCGCUGCGUUGCCCGCCAGCCUGCCCCUCGGCAGCGCCUCGGUGGCCACCAGGAGCCCCAUCGAGCCCUCAGCCCUGGAGCCGGCCUACUACCAAGGUGUGUAUUCCAGGCCCGUCCUAAACACUUCCUAGCUCCCUGGGACUGGGGGUUUGUCUGGCAUGGCCAUGCUGGUAGCGAGAGAGAGAGA